ACUCACAGAGCAGCCUUUCUCCAUGAAAAAUGUCUACAGGUGAUAUCCACCUGACGUCAAAUAUGGUGUGUGGAUGUCAAAUUCAGAGUUUUAGUGACAGACUAUAAAUUCACGUAUUGUGGUCACAGAUUGUGGUAAUCGGCGUAAUGUCCCUGUUGAACCAAAAGAACGAAUCGCGACUUUUGAGGAAAGUCCCGAAAUGCACCGCUGCUAAGGAUGUCCUGGACUUCAGCAAAGUUGGAGGACUUCGACAUCACAUAAAGACCCUUAGGGAGGCGAUCAUAUUUCCCCUAUUGCAUGGACAUAUUUUCUCGCACUUCAAUAUCAAAGCACCAAGAGGAGUUUUGUUCUAUGGACCACCAGGAACUGGAAAGACCUUGGUCGCGGGAGCGUUGGCUGCAGAGAUCAACAGGGAAGGCAUCGGAAAAGUUACGUUUUUCCAUCGUAAAGGUGCAGAUAUGCUAGAAAAAUGGGUAGGCGCAUCAGAGAAUAGACUGCGCGCUCUUUUUGAAAAAGCAACAAAAUGCAGGCCGUCGAUAAUUUUCUUUGACGAAAUAGAUGGCUUAGCGCCAAUUCGUUCCGACAAAAAUGACCACAUCCACUCCAGUUUGGUGGCCACCCUGCUGGCCCUAAUGGACGGUCUAGAUACUAAGCCGGGUGUCAUUGUCAUUGGAGCUACCAACAGAAUUGAAGCGGUGGAUCCUGCUCUUAGAAGACCUGGAAGGUUCGACAAAGAGCUGUACUUUCCCCUACCAGGCGUCGAAGCCAGAAAAGGGAUAAUCGAAGUUCACACCGGAAGUUGGAACCACCAACUAACUCAAAAAUUUAUAGACAAACUGGCUGAUCUGACAGUUGGUUUCUGUGGAGCUGAUAUUCAAGCACUUUGCUCUGGAGCAGUGCUAUGCUGUGUCAAAAGGCAGUAUCCGAAGAUAAAUAAUAUUGCAUCGAAGGUUAAAAUUGAGGCUGAGAGCCUUAAGGUAGAAGAGAGUGAUUUUCUGGAGGCCAAGAUGAAUAUUGUACCAUCUACAGUGAGACAGGGACAUAGGAUGAGAAAUUUGAGUCAUAUUAUCACACCUUUGCUGAAGAGACAACAAAAUAGGGUCAUUAGAUACAUACAGUUACUUUGGCCACACUUUUUACAAGAAUGUUACAAGUAUACACUUGGAGAGAAUCGUUACGCGGGGAGGGUACUCUUGAUAGGCUCAAAUUUCCAAGGUCUGAAUACCCAUUUGAUGCCUUCUGUUCUGAAACAUUUGGAGCAUUUGCCGACAUUUGUUUUCGACUCCAAGAUCUUUGAUAAAAUGGAGACGAACCUGGCCAGUGCACAGUCUGUUUUUCCUGCUGUUAUAUUGUUGUCCAGAAUUGAUGAAUGGUGGGACUACAUAGAUGACUGUGUCCAACACAGCAUCGUCUCAACUCUGGAAGAUAUCCAUGCGGGAUUGCCAGUUCUUACAAUUGCCUCGUGUACUACAGAUAUACCACUGAGGCUCCACAACUUCUUCUAUAAUAACAGUACCAUUCUGAUAAAAAUAGAUGACCCAAAUGACGCAGAGAGGGAACAUUUUUUGGCACCACUGUUUUUUGGGGAUAAAUGUCUGAGCUUACAUCGGGUAUUGGAAAACUGCAAGAGAUCUGCAAAAAAGGCAGCCAAAUCUGAAGGUGAGACCAUAACAAAGCCUAACAAAGAGAAUAGCGAGGAAAUAAAAAUCGAGGAGGUUCACAGUUUGACAAAUGGUAAAAGAAAAAUCGAAGAUCACACUAUGAGUAAUCAGGCAUUGGUUAAGAAAAUAAAGCUGUGUGAGAACAAAUUUGGAUCUUAUCAGUCCAAGAGUUACAUAAAUACGGAGAAAGCUGUGGCGUACCAUUUUUUUCUCCAAAAAUGUUCAACUCAAAACCCGGACGGACGCCACUGGUAGAAAUGUUAAAAUAUUGUUUGUACAUCAGAAGAUGCACCUGGAUUCGAAGAUGUGCCUGAAUUUCAUAAAAAUGUCUACAAUAGUAUCACAUACAUAAAUAAAAGUAAUAAAAUAAACAUUUUAUUCUGAAAAUUUUACCCCUAGAUAAAGCACCCAAAUCAGUGGAAUCUGUCUUAAAUGAAAGACCAAGUAGACUUGAAAGAUAUCAAGCCAGGAAGAGGUACUUCACCAGGGUUCUGUCCGAUCUGCUGAAUCGGCGAAGUAUGUGGAGAAACUAUUCUAAGACCUAUGCCCUCCGUAGCAACUUUGGAGGCCUGACACCAAAAAGAAACAUCAUGACAGCGGCCGUAUCACCAGCCAUUGCCUUCAAAAGACCGGUCGAAGACCAAAUGAAGCAGAUCUACCAGCUGUGGAAGCAUACCGCGCUGGUGACGUCACGUCACAUGGCUGUGGCUCAGUUAGAGCUGCUCUAUGACGUCAUAUCCGCCUGCAUCAGUAUCCAUCAACACUCUUUCGAAGCUUUGGUCGAGCAUUUGGAGAAUAUUCUGAAGAAGAUCGAGUAUUCCAACCAGAUUUCCGAUGAUCAGGCGAAACCAGAGCCAAAUCCGUCAAAAAAGUGAUUUUAUGUAUGGCCAUUUUAUUGGCCCAGUGUAAGAGUAAAUAUAAAUAUAAAUAUUCACUAAACA